UGACUGCAGGUGUGGCCCAAGAGUGGGUUUGGGGUGCAGACCCUCCCGCCUCUCUUGCUUUCUCUUAUCUCCUCUUCUCCCACCUCUGCCCCCAAGUCUGAGCUACCUCCUGCCAUUUUGGAGAUACUCUUGCCUCCUCAAGUAGCACAAAUUGUUGGGAGAAAACUGUAGCAGUUGGUGUAUGUGCUAAGAAUGUGUGUUUCUGCUUUAUCAGGAGCUCCGUUGAGCUCCUGUGGGCCUGUUCAGGAUUGAUAAGGAGCUCCAGGAGCAGAGUCCGUGGGCGUGAGACCAUGUGCCCAUCCACCCAGGGAAGGACCGUGGGGCUGACAGUGUAGGAGCAAAGUUGGGGGUGAGAGGGUGGGGCUGCCUUUGCAGUCAGACCGUGAGUGUGGGCGACAACCUCCGUGGGGGGACUACCCUCCGCAGGGGCUGAGGCUCCUGCACGAUGAGAGUGGCCUUGGGAUUGUUUCCUCUGUUCUUCUGCCUCUAGUAGGGCCCAACAGGAAGGGAGUUUGUGUGUUUGUUCUUUUGUUAGUUUGUUCUUCAUUUAUCUUUUCAGUUCCUUGGGCCAAAAAUUUUGGGAUUAUCCUUUUAUUCUCACACCUCAUAUUUUAUCCAUUAGCAAAUCCUGUCAACUCCACUUUCCUGUUUUGAUCCAGAAUCUCACCCCAGCCUACACUGGUACUUCUCUAGGCCAAGCCACUGCCGUCUAUCUCCUGGAUGCUCACAGUAACCUCCAAAUUGGUUUCCCUGCUCCCACCUUUGUGCCCCUACAUAUAUUGUCAACGCAGCAUCCAAAGUGGUCCUGGUAGAGCCUGGCUUGCAGUCUCGUCAUUCUUCCUUGUUCAGACCCCUUCACUGGUUCCCUGAAGACCUCACAUUGGCCCACAAGGUCCCGCACGGGCCAAGUGUCCUCGAUGUCGCUGACCCAGCCUCCCAUUUUGCACAUGCUGUUGCCUUGCAUCCACGGUUUCCCCCACGUGACCCCAUGGCUGCUCCUUCGGUUCCUUGCUGUGCUUUCCCUGCCCACACAGGUUUCCCAGAUGUCCUGCCUGACACGCCGCCUCCUCCCAACCCACCCAGCGCUGCCUCUGCUCUUCCGCACUGGUUCUCCUCCACAGCUUAGCUCUCUUUCCAGUAGGUUCGGGUUCGCUGGCCUGUCUGUCUCCCUGCUAGAAUGAAGGCUUCGCAAGGACAGGGCUGGUUUGUUGCGCUCACUCUUCUGCCUCCACGCCUGGCACACAGAGAACAAACAGUGAACGUUAGCUUCCUUCAUUUCUUCUGUGUCUGUUCUGUUCGGGGAACCAGGUCCCGGGGGCCACAAGCACACACAUGGGAGUAAGACAUGAAUUAGUGCCUCCCAUCCAACUCACUACCUAGUGAGGAGCAAAUAAUGAAAUAGCAGUGUAGUGGGGGCGGUACUGAAGGAGACAGGAAUAACUUCGUGGGAAUGAGGAGGGAACUGAGCAUGCUGGGAGGGGCUGGGGUUCCGGCACAGACUAUCCCCACCCUGCAGGUGAGGCCGACUUACCUGAGCUAUUCUGCUCUCACUGCACAUCUUCUCUCCAUCUUUUUCCAUGAGGCUAAGAGAGAAUCAUCAAUUUCCUUUUGUUAAUCAGGCAAUCAACAAAUAUUAACUGCUUUUUUGUAUACGAACGAUACUUCUAGGCACGGGAAUACUGCUAAUCUUGAAGGCAGGGAAGGCAUCGUGAAUUUUUUCAUCUUCAUGCCAAAUGAGUCCAGUUCGUUUAACCUUUCCUUAUAAGGUCUGUCUUACAUCCAGUUAGUCUUUUUUUUUUCUUUCUGUACCCAUUCCAGGUUUUUUUCCCCUUUUAUUUUUGUUUUUCUGUCCUAGAAGGAUUCCAUCCCUACCAGGGGAGGAAUUUAUUUUCUGAACCUACCUAAUACUUAACUAGCAAAAACAGUUCUGCCCCCUUCUCCCUUCUCCCAACUGUAGGCAGUCAUCGUAAAUCGCCCGUGGUGCCAGCUGCAGUUAGCACCAUCCCUUUGUAUAAAACAGGCCCUGGGCCAGGGCCCCCGCCACCUCAGUGCCCUUCCUGUGGCCAGUGCUGCCCUGCCAGCUACAGUGUGGCAGUGCUGGGGUCCACGCUACCACAGACAGUUCAACUCAACCUCUCGAGGAUCAUCUUUGGCUUUUGAGGUAGAGCAGCGCACCUGUGCCAGCUAGCAGGCGAAGAGGACGCCUGAGCCACACUGGAGCCCCCCUCUCUCUCCUUCCUUCCAUCACUGCCUCCAGCCAUUUGUCACCAUCGUCAUCACUACAGAGAGUGCUCAUUCAACAUUGUCUCUGACUUCUAGGCUUAUGCAUUUUGAGGAACCAGAGCACAGUUAGCACCAUGGCCUGAGGACCUAAAGGAACCCUUGGAAGGUGCGCCUCGGUUGAUUAACGUGACUGUGUCAGCUGGAUCAGCAGCCAUCCCACUGCUCCCUUUGUCAGAGGGUGCUGAGAGUAGGGAGGCAUGGAGGAGAGCAAGAAGGAGAUGGUGAAUCGAGCUCACCUCCUCUUUGACCGGUUUGUGCAGGCCACCACCUGCAAGGGGACCCUCAAGGCCUUCCAAGAGCUCUGUGACCACCUGGAGCUGAAGCCGAAGGACUACCGCUCCUUUUAUCACAAACUCAAGUCCAAGCUUAACUACUGGAAAGCCAAAGCCCUCUGGGCAAAGCUGGACAAACGGGGCAGCCACAAGGACUACAAAAAGGGGAAAGCAUGCGCCAACACCAAGUGUCUCAUCAUUGGAGCUGGCCCCUGUGGUCUCCGCACAGCUAUUGACUUAUCCUUAUUGGGAGCUAAGGUGGUCGUUAUUGAGAAACGAGAUGCCUUCUCCCGCAACAAUGUCUUGCAUCUCUGGCCAUUCACCAUACAUGAUCUGCGAGGUCUGGGUGCCAAGAAGUUCUAUGGCAAGUUCUGUGCUGGAGCCAUUGACCAUAUCAGUAUCCGUCAGCUUCAACUAAUACUUUUGAAAGUAGCCUUGAUCCUAGGCAUUGAAAUCCAUGUCAAUGUGGAAUUCCAAGGACUUGUACAGCCUCCUGAGGACCAAGAAAAUGAACGGAUAGGUUGGCGGGCACUAGUGCACCCCAAAACUCAUCCUGUAUCGGAGUACGAAUUUGAAGUGAUCAUCGGAGGGGAUGGCCGGAGGAACACCUUGGAAGGAUUUCGUCGCAAAGAAUUUCGUGGCAAACUGGCCAUUGCCAUUACAGCAAAUUUUAUUAACAGAAAUACAACAGCAGAAGCCAAAGUGGAAGAGAUCAGUGGUGUGGCUUUUAUUUUCAACCAAAAAUUUUUCCAGCAACUGAGGGAAGCCACAGGUAUCGACUUGGAGAACAUCGUCUACUAUAAAGAUGACACGCACUAUUUCGUUAUGACAGCCAAAAAGCAGAGUUUACUGGACAAAGGGGUGAUACUGCAUGACUACGCCGACACAGAGCUCUUGCUUUCCCGGGAAAAUGUGGACCAAGAGGCUCUGCUGAGCUAUGCCAGGGAGGCAGCAGACUUUUCCACCCAGCAGCAGCUGCCAUCUCUGGAUUUUGCCAUCAAUCACUAUGGGCAGCCCGACGUGGCCAUGUUUGACUUCACUUGUAUGUAUGCCUCCGAGAACGCCGCCUUGGUGCGUGAGCAGAAUGGACACCAAUUAUUAGUGGCUCUGGUUGGGGACAGCCUCCUGGAGCCUUUUUGGCCAAUGGGAACAGGAAUAGCCCGGGGCUUUUUAGCUGCUAUGGACUCUGCCUGGAUGGUACGAAGUUGGUCUCUAGGAACAAGCCCCCUGGAAGUCCUAGCAGAGAGGGAGAGUAUUUAUAGGUUGCUGCCCCAGACCACCCCUGAGAAUGUGAGUAAAAACUUCAGCCAAUACAGCAUAGACCCUGUCACCAGAUAUCCCAAUAUUAACGUCAACUUCCUCCGGCCAAGCCAGGUGCGCCAUUUAUAUGAUACUGGAGAAACAAAAGAUAUUCAUCUGGAAAUGGAGAACCUGGUGAAUUCCCGAACUACCCCAAAGUUGAUACGCAAUGAGUCUGUAGCUCGUUCAAGCAAACUGCUGGGUUGGUGCCAGAGGCAGACCGAUGGCUACGCAGGGGUGAAUGUGACAGACCUCACCAUGUCUUGGAAAAGUGGCCUGGCCCUGUGUGCGAUUAUCCACAGAUACCGCCCCGAUCUGAUAGAUUUUGAUUCUUUGGAUGAGCAAAAUGUGGAGAAGAAUAACCAACUGGCCUUUGAUAUUGCUGAGAAGGAACUGGGCAUUUCUCCCAUCAUGACAGGCAAAGAAAUGGCCUCGGUGGGGGAGCCCGACAAGCUGUCCAUGGUGAUGUACCUGACUCAGUUCUACGAGAUGUUCAAGGACUCGCUCUCCUCCAGGGACGCCUUGGCCCUGAAUGCUGAGGAGAAGGCAGUCCUGAUAGCCAGCACCAAGUCUCCCAUCUCCUUCCUAAGCAAACUCGGGCAGACCAUCUCUCGGAAGCGUUCUCCCAAGGAUAAAAAGGAAAAGGACUUGGAUGGUGCUGGAAAGAGGAGAAAGACUAGUCAAUCAGAAGAGGAGGAGGUACCCCGGGGCUACCGAGGAGGAAGGCCCACGCUGGUGAGCACUCUGACGGACAGGAGGAUGGACGUGGCCCUCGGUAACCAGAACAAAGUGAAGUACAUGGCAACCCAGCUGCUGGCCAAAUUUGAAGAGAACGCACCGCCACAGUCCACUGGCAUGAGGAGACAGCCGACACAGGAGCGUGGGGUCAGCCAGCCAUCCUGCUGCCUGCCUGAGCAGGGUCGCCCUGCUUCCAUCCCCCAGUGGAAACAGCGACGGGAAAAGGAGCGUUCUCGGACCUGUCCCAAAAAAGUGAUCACACUUUCUCCUCCCCCUACUCCACCUCCCUGUCGGGCGCGUGGCAGCCAGCAGACUUACAGGGAUCUUGGUGCUGACAGCCGUGGCAAGCAGAGUCCCCACCAUGAGAGGCCAGAGCCUGAACCUUCUCGUCGAUUUUUUGUUGACCAGUGGGAGCUUUCUCUUAGUCUCCGCUCUUCCAACCGCCCCGCCUCUCCCUCCUCUGACUCCCUCCGACAGAAGUAUAUAAAGAUGUACACGGGCGGAGUGAGCUCAUUGGCUGAGCAGAUAGCCAAUCAGCUUCAAAGGAAAGAACAGCCCAAAACCCUUCUAGACAAGAAGGAACUGGGCUCCGUGAAGAAGGAGUUCCCGCAGAACCUGGGAGGCAGCGACACGUGCUAUUUUUGCCAGAAGCGAGUCUACGUGAUGGAGAGGCUGAGCGCCGAGGGCAAGUUCUUCCACCGGAGCUGCUUCCAGUGCGAGCACUGCGCCGCCACGCUGCGCCUGUCGGCCUACGCCUACGACGCCGCGGCCGGUAAAUUCUACUGCAAACCGCACUACUGUUACCGACUCUCCGGCUCCGCCCAGAGGAAGAGACCAGCACUGGCUCCUCUGUCUGGAAAGGAGGCCAGAGGACCCCUGCAGGAUGGCCCCACUGCAGACGCAAAUGGACGGGCCAACGCCAUCACCAGCCCUGCUGCGAGAACUCCAGGUUCAGGUGUGAAUGGCCUGGAGGAGCCCAGCAUUGCCAAGAGGCUGAGGGGUACUCCCGAAAGGAUUGAGCUGGAGAACUACCGCCUGUCUGUGAAACAGGCAGAGGAGCUGGAGGAGGUGCCCGAGGAGACGCAGGCCGAGCACAACCUGAGCAGCGUGCUGGACAAGGGCGCAGAGGAGGACGUGGCCAGCAGCAGUUCUGAGUCUGAAAUGGAGGAGGAGGACGAGGAGGAGGACGAGGAGGAGGAGCAGCCUCCGCUGCCCACCUCGGACCUGGGCGGUGUUCCUUGGAAGGAGGCUGUGAGGAUCCAUGCUCUUCUGAAAGGGAAGAGUGAAGAGGAACUGGAGGCCUCGAAGAGCUACGAGCCUGGGAAUGAAGAGGACGAGGAGGAGGAGGAGGACGAGGAGGAGGAGGAGGAGGAGGAGUAUGACGAGGAGGAGGAAGAGUCUAGUGAAGAAGGGGAGUAUUGCCCCUGGGACAGAGAACUCCGGCAAGGCCAGUGGCUCCAGCAUCUGUCAGAAGAAGAAGACACGGGUACAUGUAAAGCCGGGAGCCACAGGCUACAGCAGAUCAUGAAUCCAGCCGAUCCCUUGGAGAUCCAGGCUGAUGUGCACUGGACGCAUAUUCAUGAGAAAGAGGAGGAAGAGCGAAUGGUGCCGACCUCUGAGUCCUCUACUUCUAGAGUGCCUGGCCUUCCCUCCAUACGCCGCGCAGCAGUGCAGGCCUGGCUGGAGACGGUCUCCCGAGUUCCAUUUGAUGAGAAUGACCUGGAGGAAGAUGUGGACUCGGAGCCGGCAGAGAUAGAAGGGGAGGCAGCAGAGAAUGGGGACACAGGGGACACUGGUGCUGAGCUGGAUGAUGAUCAGCACUGGUCUGAUGACGUCCCCUCAGAUGCCGACACGGAGCUGCGCCUGCAGCACCAGGCAGCAGUGGAGGCGGAGCUGGAGUUGAGGGUAUCAGAAAAUGAGGAGGAGCCACCACCGGCCACACCAAGGCGCCAAGAGAGAGGUCCUUCCCAAGUCUCCAGCCCCACUCGGUCCCCUGAGGAACAGCCUGUCCUCUUCUCCCCAGUGCACAGCCCUGAGACAGAGGGGGCCCAAAGCCCACUCACCUCUGCCGCUGCCAACGGGAAAUCGCCCGGAGAGCACCUUUUCCCCGAGCCUUUGCUCCUCACAGCAAAGCCCAGAGCAGAAGCACCCACUGAUCAGAAAGUGGUGCCCUCUCCCAUCCGCUCACAGCCAGUGGCUCUGCCGGAAGCCAGGACACCUACCUCCCCAGUUAGCUCGCAGCACCUGUCAUCGUUGGCCGCCUCCACCCCCCCCACCCAGCUCCCCAUUUGCUCCCAGCCUCAGCCUUCCUCUGAGGCCACUGUCCCAUCCCCAACCAAGUCCCCCAUACGCUUCCAGCCUGUUCCAGCCAAAACAUCGACCCCCCUGACCCCCAUCCCCAUGAAGAACCAAGGGGAUGCCAAGGACAGCCUGGGUAGCCCUCUUGCUGUGGACGAGGUCCUGAAACGGAAUGACCUAGUGGCAGAGUUCUGGAUGAAGAGCGCCGAAAUCCGCCGCAGCCUUGGGCUAACACCCGUACAUCGGAGCAAAGGGCUGGAGCCCAGCUUCCCCUCACCUGCCUUUAAGCCAGUGUCCCCAAAGUCCUAUUCAGUUGAGAAGUCUCCGCAGGGUGAGGGGCUCCAUCUUCUAAAACCACCACCUAUUCCCAAGAGGCUGGGCCUGCCAAAGUCAGAUGGUGACCAGCCCUCCCUGCCGACCCCCAAGUCCCCCUCUGACAGACAGCUGAAGAGCUCCCACGAGGAGCAGAGAGACCUGUCCAGCAGCUCCGGGCUGGGCCUUCAAGAAAGCUCCUCCAACAUGAAGACUCUGGGCAGCCAGAGCUUCAACACCUCGGACUCCACCAUGCUCACUCCGCCUUCCAGCCCGCCCCCCCCUCCGCCUCCGGACGAGGAGCCCGCCACUCUUCAAGGGAAGCCGUAUCAGGGGUACGAGCAUAAGGAAGCUGGGCCCAAGGCCUCAGUGAUCCCACCUCUGCCACCUGCUACCUUUAUGCGUCCCCCCCGGGAGUCUGCCCGGCCCCCCCAGGAGGAGUUGCGGAAGUCAUUUGUAGAGAGUGUGGAGGAGAUCCCCUUUGCCGAUGAUGUGGAAGACACGUAUGAUGACAAGACUGAAGACUCAAGUCUGCAGGAGAAAUUCUUCACACCCCCCUCCUGCUGGUCCUGCUCUGAGAAGCCCCUCCAGCCACCCCUAGCCAAGGAGAAUGGUAGGUUGCCUACUCAGGAGAGUGGGGUCCAGCCACAGAAGAGGGGGCUGCCCUUAGUCUCUCCAGAAGCCAAGGAGCUGGCUGAGGAGCGCAUGCGAGCCAGGGAGAAGUCUGUCAAGAGCCAGGCAUUGAGAGAUGCCAUGGCCAAGCAGCUGAGUAGGAUGAAGGAGAUGGAGAUGGCAGCUGGGACCUCCAGGCCCCCCGGUGGCACCGCCCGCAGAGCCGCCUCUGUGCUCUCCAAGGGCAAAGAAGUCGGCCCAGAGUCUCCUAAGUGCCCAGUGCUAAAAGGCCCCGAGGAGUCCACCCUGAAGCAUGAAGCCACUAGUGAGGGGGUCCUCUCUCCUCCAUCGGACUCAGGGGGCCCAGAUGGUUCAGUCACCUCAUCUGAGGGCUCCAGUGGGAAGAGCAAGAAGAGAUCGUCACUCUUCUCCCCUCGCAGAAACAAGAAAGAGAAGAAGUCCAAAGGAGCGGGCCGGCCCCCGGAGAAGCCCAGCCCAAGCCUCCUAGAGGAAGCAGCCACCAAGCCCAAGUCCUUGUGGAAGUCAGUCUUCUCUGGGUACAAGAAGGACAAGAAGAAGAAGGGUGAGGACAAGUCCUGCUCCAGCACCCCUUCCAGCAGGACCACUGUGGACUCGGGCAAGCACAGGAUGUCUCCUCUCAUGAGGGCAGGGCUGCAGCUCGGGCGCCAGCUGAGUUUCUCGGAGGACUCUGACCUCUCCAGUGACGACAUCCUGGAGAGGUCCUCCCAGAAGUCUAGGCGAGAGUCGAUUUAUGUGCCACACGCCUUGGCAUUCAGGAGAUCAUAUGCAUCAAAGCCAAGAACCUACACAGAGGAGGAGCUGAAUGCCAAGCUGACCCGCCGCGUGCAGAAGGCAGCUCGGAGACAGGCCAAGCAAGAGGAACUGAAGCGGCUGCACCGAGCCCAGAUCAUCCAGCGGCAGCUGGAGCAGGUGGAGGAGAAGCAGAGGCAGCUGGAGGAGAGAGGGGUCGCUGUGGAGAAGGCGCUCCGCGGUGAGGCAGUUGAGCCCAGUGGCGGGACUCCACGGCGUAGACCUCUCUCCUUCUGCCCUUGCUGUGUCCAGGAAGGAAUGGGCAAGAAGGAUGACCCCAAGCUGAUGCAGGAGUGGUUCAAGCUGGUGCAAGAGAAGAAUGCCAUGGUGCGCUACGAGUCGGAGCUGAUGAUUUUCGCCCGGGAGCUGGAACUGGAAGACCGGCAGAGCCGCCUGCAGCAGGAGCUCCGGGAGCGGAUGGCAGUGGAAGAUCACCUGAAGACUGAGGAGGAGUUGUCAGAGGAGAAGAAGAUCCUGAAUGAGAUGCUGGACGUAGUGGAGCAGAGAGAUGCCCUCGUGGCCCUGCUAGAGGAGCAGCGGCUCCGGGAAAAAGAGGAGGACAAGGACCUGGAGGCCGUCAUGCUGUCAAAGGGCUUCAGCCUGAACUGGUCCUGAGCUCCUGCCGGUGCCCUGGCUGGCUGGUCUGCAGCAUCUGCCCGACCUGGGCUGGGUUCUCCCAAACCGCCCAGAUCCGAGAUCUGAGAAGGCCUGGCACCUCCAGGAGUUUGCACUCAAAUGUCCACACGCCUCUUGAAAGUGAGCCAAGUGUCUGUGCGGCUGGGAGCCCCAGGUGGAGAUGAUUACCUGAGAUGGCUCAGCCUCCUCGGAAGAGGCCCACCCUGACUUCCCGCUCCAGGGAGAGAGCCUAGAGUGUUUGCCAGAUGAUGUGGGAAAAGGAGAAUCUGCACGCUCCCUGAGGACGUGGUGGCUGGUGCCUUCUUGCACAGGCGCGUUUGGUGAGAGAAGGAAGCAGCCCCUCUCUGCCAGGCCCGCAGCCAAGAGCGCCCCUCGCUGGAGCGCAGGGGCCGCUGGCUUCUCAUGCUCCCUGAAGACCACCAAAGAAACAGAGGCGGCUCUCCAGGAAAGCGAGAUGUGAACCAUGACCAGGAGGGGCAGGGCCAAGCCAGGGCGGCGCCCACCCCAGCAUCACAGGGGAGCCAAGGGUGGGCUGGCUCCCAGAUUCAUUAUGCAAGUAAGGAGGACCCUGGAGGGGUCUGCUCCCAGCCCCUGAACCACACACUGGACCCUACGUGGCCAAAUGCCCAGGCCUCUCUGGCUGUGGCCUGAGGCCUGUGGAUUGUUGCGUUUUGCUUUAAUUCACAACUGUUUGACACUGGAAAAUGCUGACUUCAGGGGACAGGGGUGAGGCCUGCCUUUCAAGCCCCCAGUUGACAGUGUUGUCACUGUUCCACACUUCUUGUCGGGCAGGAGACAAUCUUGUCCUUGGCGUCUUUCCUGUGUUUGCACAUUGAAACUCUCCACCACUUCAGACCCUUUUUGUCAGUUAACUUAUUUUUUUAAUACUUGAAAAGAAGCAACUUCAUUUUUAUAUCUUUACUAGAGACACUGAUCGCCCGGCAGCUGCUGCGGGAGUGACAAGGGUGUCCCGCUUGUGCUGCACAGUCUCACCACACGCCGACCACAGGCUCGCCGUGUUGCCUGUCCUGGGCCUCCUUCAGUGUCUCGGGUGGGCGGCCGGGGUGCCCUGCGGCCUUGUGCAGCCCUUGCCCACAGCCCUGUGUUUCCUCCUGCACUUGGUGUCUGGCCCUCUUCCUUCACCCGGCUCCCUGCGUGCGCUCUGGCGCCAGCCUUCAUGUCUGCCCCAGCCGCUCAUCAGGGAUACAUUUCAGCACUGCUUGCGGCCAAGCCAGAAGGCACAGAUGCCGCUUGUCUCUCCCUGUUGGGACCUUGGCUCUGUAGAACCCAUGUUUUUCUCAGUUUUGGUGCCAGAGUUUAACCUCCCACCACACAUUUGCUAAAGAAAGUCUUUGGGUAAGCCUCUCCCAGGCUGGCUGAGACAGUAUGAUGGGACCUUGUAAACCAUCCGGCUGGUGAGAGUUCCCUCAGCCCAGCCUCAGCUCCAACCAGAGAGAAAUGCACUUGCUGCAGCACAUAUUGGAUUUAGGUUGGUCUCACAGACAGGUAAAACUCCAGCCCAACCUCUCCUUUACCUGGAUCUCAAUGGGAAGCUGGGGGAUGAUGAGCACCAGGCAACUGGCUCCUUGAGCCAAACUCUGCUCGGUUCUCCUGGUUCAGCCAGGGACUGGCUGUGUACAGCUCGUAGAACGACUGUCUGAGAACAUCAGGCCAGACCGUGCUUGUCCAUCCACAGAAUUAGCACACAACCCGGAAAGGAUUGCCAACAGUGCCAGGCGAAUCUGGAAGGAUCAUCCAGCCAACUGCUGGUGGAGAGGGGCCAGUGUAGAGAGAGCAGAGCCCUCGCAGCCCUGAUCGGGCGUCCAUGCUGACCGUGGAGCUUCUGUGGGAAACCAGACCGUGCCUCAACUUGCGCAUCCAUUCUCACCACAAAGGGGCAAAGAACCUGUCUUAUUCCUCACUUUGUCCAAAAGCUGCCAUCUCUCUCCUGUGGAAAUCCAGGAGAUGUGCUGCUAGCAACUGUCACAGCUCCAACAUUCUUCACUUCAUGUUUUCUGAUGAGGCAGAGUCUCCAUUUUUAUUCUCUUUUCUUAUGAAGGGGGAGAGGAAGGUGUUCUGGAUUCUAUCUUUAAACCCCAACAUUCCAAUAAAAUUGGACUUGGGACAGGACCUUCCUCGCCCCUGUGGCCUUUUCCCUAAGCCUCUCCACCUCUCGCUGUGCCCAGAGCUGGCCCAGCCCCGGGAGAGUCCCUCACAGCCCCUGCUCCCCCCAGAGCAGGGGGCGGCACACGGUGGUGCUGCAGAGGGAUACAGUGCGUGCCCCAAGCGGCCUGAGGGGGCAGGGGCAGCAGAUGUUCCUGUCUGCCCCUGCUGCCUGCCACCAGCACUCGUCAGCCUCGCACGCCCCUGUGUCCUGCCGAAGCACGCGCUGCUGCUGCAGCUCCCAGACAGCUGAGAAGCUUGAAGUCCACCGCCCGCAAGUUCUCCCCAGCUCCCCGCUCCCAGCAGUGUUACGGCUUUGGGUUCUAGUAGAGCACUUUUUUUUAAAGCUCCCAUUUUAUAACCACUAGUUUGCAUUUUAUUUUAAUACCCUGGUGACAUGCUGCAUGAAAUGUUUUCCUGCUCUGGAAAUGUAUGCAGCUCCAGCCAGGUUUUCUUCCCAAGAGUGAAGCCCCCUUGAAGGCAGGGGAGCAGGAAACGUGCCUGUCUCUCAGAGUGCCAGAGUCUGAGUGAGCCAGACAGUGGGCCGCCAGGUUCAGUGUCACCAGAGGGAUGCAGAGGCACCCCAGCCUGGGUUCGAGGGCCGCCGGCAGUUCCCUGUGGGUUCUGACCCUGCUCAGAUGACGUCUUCAGUCCUCUGCCCCCUGGAGCCAUCCUCCAGCUGCUUUCAAUCCGCAAUGAUAGACUGUUAUUUAUCCUUUCAAAAAGAGAAGUUUUUCCAUGGGGCAAGAAGUGAAGAGAGUUUAAAGAAAAAAAUGUUGAAGGUGGUAACAACUGAGCUACAAAGGGAAACGGGCCAUUUUAUGCGCAAUAAAAGUUUUUAAAAGAAA